GUGUGGUCAACUCUUCGGGAUAGUACAUUAUUUCGGAAAGCCACGAGCGCGAAACAAAGUAACACCUUUAUGAAAAUGUAACCCAAAAGGGAUUCGAACGAAAACAUACUUUAGUGAAGAGAUUUAUUGUUGUGGCAACAUUGUACAGCAAAUCAACCCGCGAAAGCGGACGUUGCUCGCUAUUUUUUACUUCAAGGAUCUACUUCGCUGAGAUUAGAGAAUUUGGGGGAACACAUUGGAAGCAAGUUACAAGUGAAGUCACACAGGUUUUAUCAGUAAAAAUAAUGUUGAACUUGUUUGACUUGGUCGACAAAUAUAGCCAACAAGCUAACGUAGCUAGUGGAUGUGCUACAUAGCAUUGAAGAUCCAGGAUCUGACAGGUUGAGGUUGAAGUGGUUGUUGACUUUAUCAAUUUAAAAUGGGAGGAUGAAAUUCUAUCAUGGGGUCAUUGAAAGCUUUACAGGAAUGGUGUCGCAUAAAAUGCGAAAAUUACCCCAAUGUGGAGAUAAGGAACAUGUCUUCUUCAUUCAGAGAUGGAUUGGCGUUUUGUGCCAUAAUCCACAAACACCGACCUGAUUUGAUAGACUUCAACUCCCUCUCCAAACAUAAUGUUUAUGAAAACAACCAUCUGGCAUUUGAGGUCGCACAGUCAAAGCUGGGCAUCCCUGCAUUGCUGAAUGCUAAGGACAUGGUGUCCACAGAGGUACCAGACCGGCUAAGCGUCAUCACUUACCUCUCCCAUUACUACCACUGCUUCAACAACAAGUCUCAUGCCAGUCCAGCCAGUUUGAAGACGCCAUGUGUCGCAGAGUGCUCCAGUCACUCCAAGACACAACCUGAUUUUCGUGGAGGUUUGGAGCCAUCUAAGUCAAGGACAGAGGAGCGAUCCAUCAGAGGCAGGCCAUGCAGCAUUUGUGCCUCCUGCACGAAGCAUGUCCACCUGGUGCAGAGACAUCUCACUGAGGGGAAACUCUACCACCGCAGCUGCUUCAGAUGCAGUGUGUGCAGCAGCACUCUCUUACCAGGGUCUUACAAAGAGGGGAGUGAAGUUGGCUCCUUGGUCUGCACCCACCACUUGACAGCCAGUCAAAAUGCCCGCUCCGACUACAGUAAACAAACUGGAUCAACAGAGAAUCUACACAAAUUAGAUGAGCAUGAGGUGACACUAUCUCAGGGUGGACUUACAGACAACCCCGAUCUCCCUCAUUUUAUUGGAAAAACAGACUCAGGUGAGACAGUUAUUUGUGGAAGAGGAGAGACAGAGACGGAGGGAGGUGAGAGAAAGACAAGGCAAGACACACUCAAGAAGCCAAGGCCACCCCGUCCUCCAAAGCCCAUUGUAGAAGAGGGAAUGCUUGAAGAAGCAGGGACACGGCCCAUUCAGACAAUAGAAACAAAGAGCCCAGAUCCCUGUGGAAGCCCUGGACGGCCAGUACCUGCACCCAGACGAGUGUUAGACUCCACCCCUCCUCGUCCUGCACCCAGAACCCGUCCACCUAAAGCCUCUGUCCAUCUCCCUCUCUCUGCAGGUUACCCAGUUGAUAGUAAGAUUUUACCCAAUCCUUCUCGCAGGUUUGGCCAACCCAGUGGGCCCCGUAAACCCAAAGACCCACCGUGGCUGGAGCUUGUCCAGCCAGGUCCCUGGCCCAAGCUGCCCCCUGCCCCGCCCCCUAGUAUGCCCAAGCCCCCACGCUCAGGCUCUAUACCCUCCCUCAGAGGGAGUUGGUACAGAGCGAGAGAACCCCCUCCCAACCCCUUUGGGGAGUUUGAGGAUGAGGAGGCUGAUGAUGAUUACACAGGGGAAGAGGGCACAAUGAGAGGUGCUGAAGGCCAAGCACAGCCCUCAAUGGUAACCAGCCAGACAUGGUGUGGUACCAGUCAGUUAGCUGAAGCAGCCAGCUCACAUUGCCAAGCUAAUUUAGAGGACACAUCCAGAGAAGUUGACAAGUCUAAUCUUGCUGGAGCAGAUGGCACAGUAAAUUUACCUGAAAUUGCUAAUGCACCAAAGGUAGACAGUUUAGCUGAAGCAGGAUGCUCACGUCCUGUAUCUAAUUUAGCGGAAGAAGCUGGUUCAAUUGGUAUAUCUGAGUCAGCUGAUGUUGGUGGGAUAGCUAACAUGGCUGAAGCAGCUGGCGCACUUGAUGUAUGUAAUUUAGCAGAUGUUGGAGUUGGAGAAUCAACCAACUUGUCCAAAGCAGCUAGUUCACUUGAUGUAUCUAAUCUAUCUGAAGUAGCCAGUUCACUUGGUGUAUCUGAUCUAGCUGGAGCUGGUGGGUUAGGAGGUUUAGUUGGAGCAGUUAGUGCACCGAACAUAUCUAAUUUAACUGAAGAAGCUAGUUCAUAUGGUGUUUCUGAAGCUUCUGCCGAUUCACUUAGUGUGUCUAAUUUAGCUGGAGCUGAUGGCAUAUGCAGUGUAACUGGAGCACCAAGUGCUCUUGGCAAAUCAGAUAUAGCCCAGAGCCUCUCUUUGCCCAAGAGUGUGUCUGUGCCAGCAAUCUCCACUAGUCUUAGUUCCGCCUGUACUCAAAGCCACCCCCCACCAACCUUGUCAACCAAUGGAGCAGCAGCCAGUCCCUCCCUGCUCAGACCCCCAUCGCUCCCUAGUGUGUCUGAAGUGAGUGACUGUGACCAGGUGCCCACCCCCUCUCACAGUAAGGUAAGGUAAAAUGCUGCUCUUUAGUAUCCACUGAUAUCUACAGUGGGGGAAAAA